CACCAGUUUAGUCAAUUUGGUCAAGCCGUUAUUGUGUUGAGCACUAUUCAGCGCUGAGGUGUCAGUUAUUUGUUUUGGUAAAGUAAAAAGUGUCAAAUACAUAUCGAUUAGAAUAUAAAUUUCACAAGAGGAAGAGAAAAUUCGUUUACCAAGAUGACAAUUAUAACAAAACCACUUUCCGAGAAAAAACCAACUGAUAAAUUAGAAGUUCCGCUAGUUACAAAUGAAACACUAGAUGCACCACAAGGCGAGGAUGUAGAGGCGGGAUCUGAGACUGCCGAAAGUCGACGACGUUUCGUCAUUCUUCAUGCUCGUGCACGUCGUGUUUCCACCACUACCACCCUGCUCUUGUCGCUCACAGCUUUAACAGUCGUCGGUGUUGGCAUUAUUGGAGGUACCUACCUGUAUCGUCAAUUUUUGCGCUCACAACUACAUUUCCGUGGUUGGUGUAACAUCCCCUACAAUUCCGAUGGGACAGGUCAUACUGCCAUGAUCGUUAGUCCCGAUGGGGGUGAUAACGAACUUAGCGACUCUGAUCUAUUUAGAACAUUCAGACAUGCCAACAACGGCCCUCCUUCUCCUGACAACAACUUGAACGAAUAUUUCCAGGAAUCGUUUGAGUUGGAUUUGGACGAUGAUGUGUAUGAAAAAAUCGAUGUGCCAGACUUUCGAGAAGGACGCAGUGGCCGUUUCAUCCAUGAUUUUAAUACCAAUUUAACCGGUAUCGUCGAUCUGACCGGUAAACGCUGUUUCGUUAUGCCUCUGAACAGGGAUAUGGUGUUGCCGCCCAGAUCUCUUUUUGAUUUGAUUCAAAAGAUGUGGGACGGAUACUACAAGGUCGACACCCAGGUUGUCCGAGAGACAAUGAGAGUUGUUAUUCCACCCAUGAAUGAUGACGAUAAAAAAGCGAUCGGUUCUUACAUAUCUAAGGAAUGCGAGGGAGUUCCGGUUUACAAGCUGGAGAAAUAUGUUGGAGGAGUUGUAAAAAGAUCAGCGGAUCUGCCAAAUGACGCCAAAUUUGCUCAGUUUUCGGGCAGAGGUAUUGUUGAGUUUGACAUUGUCAACUUUGAGGAAGCCAUGAACUCGCUGGAGAAGAUCACGAACUAGACCGUUCAGGUUUGUAAAUCUUCAAUUUAUGUUUGGAGUUCCCUAAUAAUUUUAGUCAAUCUUCAAUUUUAUCAAUACAGUAAUAUAUAAACAGGGGUAUAUAGACCGAAUUUAAGCAGAGGUAAGGUUUAACCAUUACUGAAUAUGUGUGGAGGCCCUAAAGUUUCUAUCGUGUAGAAACGUAAGUGUAGGUCUUAAGAAUGGAAUUCAUAUUAUUGUAGUUGUAACUUUUAAUAAUCAUUUUCUUUUUCUUGUUGGUUCUGGGGCCAUGCAAUUUACUAUCAGUCAACAAAAAAUGUACCAAAGAUAUAGAAAAAAAAAAUCUUUUUCAAAAUUAGAACAUCUCUCUGAUAGUGCAUAAGGAGUUUACUAAUUAUUUAAAAUUAUCGUUUAUUGGUACCAGAACCAAAUUUUUAGCAAUUAGAAGUUGCGUAUAUGUAUGUAUGUAUCCCAAAUUAAAGUACCUAUAUAAAGUAA